GCUCCACCACAUUAAAACAGGACCGGGCAUACAGAUUGGUAGUUGAGUGUAGAACUGAAGUUGGGUAUAGUUCUAACUCACAAAACUUUAUUGAAGUACCCAGAACUGAAAAAGUGUUCCCUGUUAAGCAACUAGUGGCCUUCAGUAAUGUAAAUAACAUUACAGUGACAUUCAAUAUUGGACAGUCAGAAAAAGCAACUAUAGUUUAUUGUCCAAGAGUAGCAUUCAAUGACAAAGUUUGCAAUGAAAAGAUACCCAUUGUAAGUCAAGUCUUGAAGAAUGGGGAAACAAGCCAUAUGAUGAGUCUAGAAGGGGCAACUAAUAACUUAUAUGGUGUGUCAGUAUUUAAUGGGAAGAUCCAUUCUGGGAUCAACUGGGCAGAUUGCUUGUAUGAUUAUUCCAUAUCAAGGGUUGAAGCUCCUAAAGGGGUUGUUGCCAUUAAUGACUCUGAUGUCAGUGAAAGCUUAACUGUCUCAUGGGAACCUUAUCUAUGUAGUGAGAUGAAAUCUCCAGUCUUAGGAUGGACUAUCUUCUACUAUCCAGAGAAUGAUAUUUCUAAUGUCAAAGAACAUAAUGUUACCGGAGCAAACAAACUCCGUGAAACAAUACCAGGAGUACCAGAGGGUAAAUAUUGUGUUGAGAUGUCAUCAUACUCUGAGGGAGGUCAUCAGAGUUAUCAAAGUAAAUGUGUGAU